AUUCCUCGCCGGAAUCUGAUCGGAGAUCGUGAUUUCUUGCAGCCAUUGUUUAUCCGGCAAAAUUCCGAUCAUAAAUCCAACGGAUCUGAGAUGUUUAACAACUCAUCAAAGGGAGAAAUCGAUUCACACGGCGGAGGAAUGAACGUAAACGCAUCAAAUUUCGUAAAACACCCACCAGAUUACCUGAGAAGAAUCGAUCAAAUAGCAAAAACCGCCGCGAAUUCCGGCAAUCAGACGGCGACAGUAAACUCCGAGGGUUAUUCAAAAACCCACUUCCGGUGCGACAGUUUGGAGGCACCGGGAGUGGUGAUUAAGCCGCACACCGGCGGAGAUGCGCGGUGGGAUGCGAUUAAUAUGGUGUCGAAAGGGGCGGCGUUGAAUUUGAGCCAUUUUCAGCUGUUGAAGAGGCUUGGUUAUGGGGAUAUUGGGAGUGUUUAUUUGGUGGAAUUGAGAGGGACUGAUACGUUCUUUGCUAUGAAAGUGAUGGAUAAGGUGUCUUUGGCUAGCCGGAAUAAGGUGUUGAGGGCGCAAACGGAGAGGGAGAUUUUGGGGCUUUUGGAUCAUCCCUUUUUGCCCACUCUUUAUUCUUAUUUUGAAACUGAUAAGUUUUAUUGUUUGGUUAUGGAGUUUUGUAGCGGUGGGAAUCUUCAUUCUCUUCGCCAAAAGCAACCUUACAAGUAUUUUACUGAAGAAGCUGCCAGGUUCUAUGCAUCAGAGGUUCUAUUAGCAUUGGAAUACCUUCACAUGUUAGGCAUAGUCUACAGAGAUUUGAAACCCGAAAACCUGUUAAUCCGAGACGAAGGCCACAUCAUGCUCUCCGAUUUCGACCUCUCCCUUCGCUGCUCUGUCAGCCCGACCCUCGUCAAAUCCUCCUCCAUCAACGUCAACGGCAGCUCCAACACCGGCAGCAACGGCAGCAAUGGUGGAGGCAGCGGUGGCAUUCUCGACGACGAAUCCGCUGUCCAUGGCUGCAUGCAACCUUCCAAUUUCCUCCCUCGCAUUCUCCCUUCCAAGAAGAAUCGCAAGUCGAAAUCCGACUUCGGCCUCUUCGUCGGUGGCUCCCUCCCGGAACUCAUGGCCGAACCAACCAACGUUCGGUCUAUGUCCUUUGUCGGUACACACGAGUAUCUCGCACCGGAGAUCAUACAAGGGGAAGGUCACGGCAGCGCGGUCGACUGGUGGACCUUUGGGAUCUUCCUCUACGAGCUUCUUCAUGGGACCACACCCUUCAAAGGGUCUGGAAAUAGAGCCACGCUUUUCAACGUGGUGGAGCAGCCGCUUAGGUUCCCGGAGGCACCGCAGGCCAGCCUAGCCGCUAGGGAUCUCAUCAGAGGGCUUCUGGUCAAGGAGCCGCAAAAGAGGAUCGCUUAUAGAAGAGGCGCCACUGAGAUCAAGCAGCAUCCCUUCUUUGAUGGAGUGAAUUGGGCGUUGGUGAGAAGCGCAAUGCCGCCACACGUGCCGGAGCCGGUGGAUUUCAGCCAGUUUGCCAGAAAGAAGGGCGGCGGCGGAGUGCAGGAAGAGAAGAAGCCGGUGGCUGCUGAGAAUUCUUCGCCGUCGACUGGUGGCGAUCCCAAUUAUGUGGAUUUUGAAUACUUCUAA